GUUCAUUUGGCUCUGAGGGUUGAACAUGCUGUGAGUCUGGCUCAUUGAUGAUCCAGGGUGAAAAGAUGGCGACACAGAAAGAGGUCCUCUUGGGAAUUUUGGAAGAUUUGGGAGCCGAGGACUUUAAAAAGUUCAAGUGGUACCUGCAGCAGAAGGAGGUCCUGGAAGGCUUCCCAGCAAUCCAAAAGAGUCGACUGGAGAAUGCAGACAGGGUGGACACAUUAGAUCAGAUGGUCCAGAACUAUUGUAUAAACACUACUAAAGUGAUCAGAAUAGUUUUGGUAAAGAUAAAUAAGAAUGAUCUAAUGGAAAAUAUCCCAAACACCAUCUCAGAACCCACAGAGAUUCUUGCUGAGUGCCGGCGUAAACUGAAAUCAAAACUGAAGAAGAAGUUCCAGUGUGUGUUUGAGGGGAUUGCUAAAGCUGGAAACCCAACCCUUCUGAACCAGAUCUACACAGAGCUCUACAUCACAGAGGGAGGGACUGCAGAGGUCAAUGAUGAACAUGAGGUCAGACAGAUUGAAACAGCAUCCAGGAAACCAGACAGACCAGAAACAACCAUCAGACAAGAAGACAUCUUUAAAGCCUCACCUGGAAGAGAUGAACCAAUCAGAACAGUGAUGACAAAGGGAGUGGCUGGCAUUGGGAAAACAGUCUUAACACAGAAGUUCACUCUGGACUGGGCUGAAGACAAAGCCAACCAGGACAUACAGUUCACAUUUCCAUUCACUUUCAGAGAGCUGAAUGUGCUGAAAGAGAAAAAGUACAGCUUGGUGGAACUUGUUCAUCACUUCUUUCCUGAAACCAAAGAAGCAGGAAUCUGCAGCUUUGAAGAGUUCCAGGUUGUGUUCAUCUUUGACGGUCUGGAUGAGUGUCGACUUCCUCUGGACUUCCACAACAAUGAGGUCCUGACUGAUGUUACAGAGUCCACCUCAGUGGAUGUGCUGCUGACAAACCUCAUCAGGGGGAACCUGCUUCCCUCUGCUCGCCUCUGGAUAACCACACGACCUGCAGCAGCCAAUCAGAUCCCUCCUGAGUGUGUUGACAUGGUGACAGAGGUCAGAGGGUUCACUGACCCACAGAAGGAGGAGUACUUCAGGAAGAGAUUCAGAGAUGAGGAGCAGGCCAGCAGAAUCAUCUCCCACAUCAAGACAUCACGAAGCCUCCACAUCAUGUGCCACAUCCCAGUCUUCUGCUGGAUCACUGCUACAGUUCUGGAGGAGGUGUUGGAGACCAGAGAGGGAGGAGAGCUUCCCAAGACCCUGACUGAGAUGUACAUCCACUUCCUGGUGGUUCAGUCCAAACUGAAGAACACCAAGUAUGAUGGAGGAGCUGAGACAGAUCCACACUGGAGUCCAGAGAGCAGGAAGAUGAUUGAGUCUCUGGGAAAACUGGCUUUUGAGCAGCUGCAGAAAGGCAACCUGAUCUUCUAUGAAUCUGACCUGACAGAGUGUGGCAUCGAUAUCAGAGCAGCCUCAGUAUACUCAGGAGUGUUCACACAGAUCUUUAAAGAGGAGAGAGGGCUGUACCAGGACAAGGUGUUCUGCUUCGUCCAUCUGAGCCUUCAGGAGUUUCUGGCUGCUCUGUAUGUGCAUCUGACCUUCAUCAUCUCUGGUGUCAAUCUGCUGGCAGACAGAACAUGGUGGGAUACUGGACUUUUGACCUUCCUGCGGUCUAUAGUGUUUAGAGAUAACUUCAAACUAAAACACUUCUACCAGAGUGCUGUGGACCAGGCCUUACAGAAUCCAAAUGGACACCUGGACUUGUUCCUCCGCUUCCUCCUGGGUCUCUCACUGAAAACCAACCAGAAUCUCCUACGAGGUCUGCUGACACAGACAGGAAGUAGCUCACAGGCCAUCCAGAAAACAGUUGAGUACAUCAGGAAGAAGAUCAGUGAGAAUCUGUCUCCAGAGAGAAGCAUCAAUCUGUUCCACUGUCUGAAUGAACUGAAUGAUCGUUCUCUGGUGGAGGAGAUCCAAAAGUCCCUGAGUUCAGGAAGUCUCUCCACAGAUAAACUCUCUCCUGCUCAGUGGUCAGCUCUGGGCUUCAUCUUACUGUCAUCAGAAAAAGAUCUGGACGUGUUUGACCUGAAGAAAUACUCUGCUUCAGAGGAGGUUCUUCUAAGGCUGCUGCCAGUGGUCAAAGUCUCCAACAAAGCUCUGUUGAGUGGCUGUAACCUCUCAGAGAGAAGCUGUGAAGCUCUUUCCUCAGUUCUCAGCUCCCAGUCCUCUAGUCUGAGAGAGCUGGACCUGAGUAAUAAUAAGCUGCAGGAUUCAGGAGUACAACUGCUCUCUGUUGGACUGGGAAGUCCACACUGUACACUGGAAAUUCUCAGACUGCUAAGCUGCUCCAUCUCAGGUCAGUGCUGUGAAGCUCUGUCCUCAGCUCUGAGCUCCCAGUCCUCUAGUCUGAGAGAGCUGGACCUGAGUAACAACAACCUGCAGGAUUCAGGAGUGAAGCUGCUGUCUGCUGGACUCGAGAGUCCACACUGUACACUGGAAACUCUCAGGCUGUCAGGCUGUCUGAUCACAGAGGAAGGCUGUGCUUAUCUGGCCUCAGCUCUGAGCUCCAACCCCUCCCAUCUGAGAGAGCUGGACCUGAGCUACAAUCAUCCAGGAGAGUCAGGGGUGAAGUUGCUGUCUGCUGGACUGGAGGAGCCACACUGGAGACUGGACACUCUCAGGGUGGACCAUGGUGGAGAGCAGAGGUUAAAACCUGGUCUGAGGAAGUAUCUCUGUGAACUCACACUGGACACAAACACAGCAAACAGAAAGCUCAAACUGUCUGACAACAACAGGAAGGUGACACAUGUGGAGGAGCAGCCAUAUCCUGAUCAUCCAGAGAGAUUUGACUGGCCUCAGCUGCUGUGUAGAAAUGGUCUGACUGGUCGUUGUUACUGGGAGGUCGAGUGGAGAGGAGGAGUUUAUAUAUCAGUGAGUUACAGAGGAAUCAGAAGGAGAGGAAACAGUAGAGACUGUCUUUUUGGAUGGAAUGAUCAGUCCUGGAGUCUGUUCUGCUCUGAUGGUCGUUACUCUGUCUGGCACAAUAACAGAGAAACGGUCCUCCCUCUCUGCUCCUCCUCCUCCUCCUCCUCCUCCUCUAACAGAGCAGCAGUGUAUGUGGACUGUCCUGCUGGCUCUCUGUCCUUCUACAGAGUCUCCUCUGACACACUGAUCCACCUCCACACCUUCAACACCACAUUCACUGAACCUCUUUAUCCUGGUUUGGGGAUCUGUUUCUAUGGUUCCUCAGUGUCUCUGUGUUCUGUGUAGGAGGGAGACAACUUCCAGUCCUGUGGUUUAAAUGUUGGUGGUGGACGAGGCUUCACUUUGGUUAACAUCUGACUCACUGAUUGUGCCUUUAAUGUCAGAAAUGUGUUUUCUUAGAAAUGGUGAAAUGAUCUCAGGGCUGAACUUGUUGUGUACAAACUGUGUUGACUCUGAUUUUCACUUUAAUAAAGUUUUCUUGGAGCAGCAUCUAGUAGCUGCUGAUGGCUGCAGAGCUUCUCAUUUAUUUCAAUAAAGGUUUGAAGACAAAAACUCAA